AUGUUCCUUACCUUCUUUUCCUUUACUUUUUUAUUUAUUUUUAAUUUGCUAAACAAUUGUGAAGGUUUGGGAUUUGGUGAUGGAUGGGGCGGUGGAAUGGGUGGGAUGGGCGGAUAUGGAGGGUAUGGAAGCUAUGGAGGAGGGUAUGGAGCGCCAAUGAUGAUGAAAAAAGUGAUGAUGCCUUCUUAUGGAAGCUACGGUGGUUAUGGAAACUAUGGCGGUAAUUAUGGUGGAUAUGGUCCUCAAAUGUAUUCAGGAUAUGGGGGAUAUGGUGGCGGUUAUGGAGGUUACGGAAAAUAAAGGAAAAAUAAAUUCGUUUAAUUGUGAUAAGUGUUUCAUUAAAUU